GAGGGUGUGCGCUACGGAGGGCCGCAGGGCCGGGGCUGCCGCGGCGGCGAUUCUCCCGGGAGUCUGGGAGCCGCCCUUUCCCCGCCUACCUCUCCUUCCCCUCCCAUUGAGCGAUUCAGGCCGUGCGCUUCCCACUUCCGCCCCGUCCGCCUGCCAUUGGAACUGGCAGAGCUGAACAAGUUGCGGCCGCCGCACCGCCGGCGCUGCCCUUCGCCACCCGCGCCCGGUCCCCGCCGCUCCGCUCGCCCAGCGCCUGCUGCUCCGGCCGCUCGCCGCCGCCUCCGAGGCCUCGCCCGCCGCGGCCGACAUGAGCUUCUUGUUUGGUAGUCGGUCAUCCAAAACGUUUAAACCAAAGAAGAACAUUCCAGAAGGUUCUCACCAGUAUGAGCUCUUAAAGCAUGCAGAAGCCACACUUGGCAGUGGCAACCUCCGGAUGGCUGUCAUGCUUCCUGAGGGGGAAGACCUAAAUGAGUGGGUUGCAGUGAACACUGUGGACUUUUUCAAUCAAAUCAACAUGCUUUAUGGAACCAUCACAGAUUUCUGCACAGAGGAAAGUUGUCCAGUGAUGUCAGCUGGCCCAAAAUAUGAGUAUCACUGGGCCGAUGGAACAAAUAUAAAGAAGCCUAUUAAGUGUUCUGCACCAAAGUAUAUUGAUUACCUGAUGACUUGGGUUCAGGACCAGUUGGAUGAUGAGACCUUGUUUCCAUCAAAAAUUGGUGUUCCAUUCCCAAAAAAUUUCAUAUCUGUGGCAAAAACUAUACUGAAACGUCUCUUUAGGGUUUAUGCUCACAUUUAUCAUCAGCAUUUUGACCCUGUGAUCCAGCUUCAGGAGGAAGCACAUCUCAACACAUCUUUCAAGCACUUUAUUUUUUUUGUCCAGGAAUUCAACCUUAUUGACAGAAGAGAACUUGCACCACUUCAAGAACUAAUUGAAAAACUAUCCUCAAAGGACAGAUAAAAACAUGCAGAGCUGUGCAAAUUGUUCCUCAGUUGAAGCUGUAUGGAGCGUAUUUGGAUUUUUAUUGUAUUUUAUUUUAGUUCAACUGUUUUUGUUUUAGGUUUGGGGUUGCCUCUUUGGAUUUUUAAAUUUUAAAUAAUUGAAAUUAUAAUCUAUUAUAAUGGAAAUCAAGAACCAUUCUGUAUACAUUUAAUAGGGACAAUUUUAGUGCCAUAUAGUAUAUAUUUUAUAUCAGUUUUGGUUACUUGUGAAAUUUUUAAUAUCUUGUGUGCAAAGGAAAUACUUAUUUAAUUAACUGAUGGCUGGUGGAUGAGGGUUCUGUGUUGUAUAAUUUGUGGCUGAUUUCUGAAGUCCCUAAGAGACUUACGUUUUUAAGUGCCUUGGCAGGAUCACUUCUGAGGUGCAAAGCACAGACAUAGAACUAACAGGGCUUAAAACAAAUACUAGGAUUCUUACCCAGGACACUUGCUAAUGCAUGUUUUAAAAGAUCUAUGAUAAAAGCCAUAGUUUCCUUAAAUUGGUGAUCUCCAGCUUUUACUGUUUUGAAGGAACACUAUUUGUAAAGGUGUGCAUGUAGAACAUAAAAAUUAGUUAUUUCUUAAUUAUUUUUGAUAUUGAUGAUGACUAAUUCUGUUCAACAAAUGCUUAAAUUCUACAAACAGGUCUUUUUUCUGUCUCUUGAUAUCUGUGAUAUUGAAAGUUGAGAAUGUUGAAAUGUAAUAUAUAUCGCAUUUUGGCUUCUUUCUACAUAUUACCUGCAGUAUAGGUAUGAAAAUUCAGGUUACAUGUAGGUUUGCCAUCUUCAGAACUGAUACUGAACUGUGAGGUUUUUUAGCAAUUGCCAAAUGAGCCAGAAAUCUUUAUAAUCUUCCUCAGCUUUGAAGAGAAGGGGGAGGGAGGGAGGAGUGUGUUUAGCUAUGGGAAGUACAAAUUUACUUCUGGGAGAUAGGGAUGGGAGUAAGUAUUGGGAGUCAAGUUCCAUAAAGUCCUGUCAAGACAUUUGGAUAGAAUGAUAGGAAGAUCUGAAUCAGUUACUUAUAAAGAAAGCCUCAGAUUUUCUUUUAACACUUCUGUGAGAAGUUAAAAUAAAUUAAAAUUUUAGGGAUAGAUAUUAAGUGUGGAAUUUAAGGACUGUUUUGGGGGAAAAUUGAUAACUUUUCAGCAAUUCCAUUCAGUGAAUGGAGCUGGUGUUUUCCUGUCAUUUAAUUUAAAAAUGAUAUAGUACUUUCUUUGCUUAUUAUAGACUCACUUUGAAGCACUAUGACUUCUGAUUUUUCACUGUGAAAAAAAUAUUUUUCUUUGUGUGUCAGAUAAUUUAAGUGCUAACUUAUUAGUUAUUAAUUUUUACACUUUAUUUGCCAUGACUUUUUAGUGAAUUAGUCUCAUAGGUUAAAGUUCAGAAUCUUAGUUUUCAAAUUAGUAUUGAUGUUUUUACUUUAGUUUUUUUUCUUAGAAAAUAGCCUUUUCAGACUUACAGUUUUAAUUUGUUCAUUUCUGGUAAACUUAUUUACUUUUGUUAGAAACAUACAGUGCUCUUCCUUCUGUUAGAAAUGAAUACCGUUUCCUUUCUAAGAGAGUAGAAAUCUUGAUUUGAAAUUAUGCAGAGUAGAAACACUUAAAAGAGAUUGUACAAUAAAAUUAGUUUUUGUCAUUAACAAAUAAUACAGUGAUACAAUUUAAUGCCAUCACAGUUGUGAUCACUAGGGACUGCCUUUUCCUGUCUUGUUUCUAGCCAUCAUCUAACAGUAGGACUUGUAGGAGAGCUUGAUAGAGUCGAAUCUAUUUGACAUUCAGUUGUAAUACUUAUAUGUAAACUGCAGUGAUAAUUAACUGAUUUUCUGAAAAAGAAAUCUAUUAGUAUUCAGGUAGAUAAUGUCAGUCACUCUGGGUUGAUCCAGGAAUACAAUUUGGUACCAAGUGAAUUUGGAUCCUAUCUAGUAAAGCAAAGUAGUGAUUAGUGUCUUCAUCAUUAGAUUUGACUUUGCAUCCAUCUAACCUAGUAAUAGGGGUUGCAGUAGCCAUGUGUAGAAAAUAGUGAAAAAUUGUCCUUUUCUUUUAAGCUUUAUGUAGGAGUACAGUAUAAAAUGGGAAAUAUGGGUGGGGGUAGAUAGCAAAAUGGUUAUGCAAAACAGUCAUGCCUGAGGCUCCGAAGUCCCAUAUUCAGUCCCCUGCACCACCAUAAGCCAGAGCUAAUUAGUGCUCUGGUUAAAAAAAAAAAAAAUUGAAAUUAUUUUCAAAAAUUGAAAAUAUUUUCAUAAAUUAGUAUUCAAUAGUAUGACCUACUUUUUCACUGUAUGCAGAUAAGACUUGUCACUGUGGGGCUAGGUGGUGGCACACCUGGUUGAGCGUACAUGUUAUAGUGCUCAAGGACUCGGGUUCGAGCCCCUGGUCCCCACUUGCAAGGGGAAAGCUUUGUGAGUGGUGAAGCAGGGCUGCAGGUGUCUCUGUCUCUCUCCCUUCCUAUCUCCCUUCCCCCUCAAUUUCUGGCUGUCUCUAGCCAAUAAAUAAAUAAAUAUAUAAAAAAUU